UGUUAGUACAAGCGGGCCCACUUGCAUUGGCUCAGUCUUUCCGGGGUCCAAACAUCCCGUCGGGCGUGCCUGUGGAGCGUUAAAGGCCAUUGAUGAGAAAUUGACAAUACACCAAUGCAACUUCUGCAUUAAUAGUGCGUGCAAUUUGUUCCGGGGAAGGUUUUCUGAGGAUCUCAGCUCUACUGCAGCGGCUAACAGAACACAGCUAAGUUGUUAGCCGCAUCCGCAUACAGGUAUGUCUGAAGUUAGUGUUGAGACUGAGUCGGGGAGGAUCUCGGCCGAGGACCCUCAGGUGGAUUGUGAGGAGUCUGACAAAGAAAAAGAGAGUUUGAGUGAGGAUCUGAAGCAGGAGAGCAUAAACGGUAGCAGUGGAGGCGAGGAAACGCCUGAAGUGCUGUAUGAAAUUAACAUUAACAGUGAUGAAGAACAUGCAGAAUUCAGGGAUAAGGAGGUUCAGGGGGAGGAUGAGGGCUUGCCUGAUGAGAAAGCGGCAUCUGUAGCCAGUGGAGGACAUGAGAUAAAACAACAUGUUGAAACAACUGAAGCGCCAGAGGAAAAUGGAGAUUCUCACUCUGAAACAAAGGUGAGCACAAUGGCUGAGGGUUCCUACAGAAGCUCAGCUGCUGAAAUCUCAGUCACCAGCAAUGGAGAAGUGGAUCAGAAUCCCGAGAUGGUAUUCCAGAGGGACUCUUACGACAGUACUCCGGAGUCCCAUGUUCCCUCCAGCAACUUUACUUCAACAGUAGAGGGCAUCAUUGAAUCAGGACCGCACCAAGGGUCAGCAAGCCUGCCCACGUCUCCCGUGUCACAUGUAGCCCCCAGCUCGGCUGUCGCCAGCCGCCUGGCGCGCUCGUCCAGCGAUAGCCAGGCUGAGACAGGAUCAAUGAAAGUUCAGCCACAGAGUGGAGCAGUGGUCCUUUCCGAUGACUUAAAGAACCCAGCCAUGGAAAAACUGGACCUAGUGCGAAAGUGGAGCAUCAACACAUAUAAAUGUACCAGACAGAUCCUAUCAGAGAAGCUGGGUCGUGGCUCAAGGACCGUGGACUUGGAACUGGAGGCGCAAAUCGAAUUACUCCGCGACAACAAGAAAAAGUACCAGAAUGUGAUCAAGCUAGCUCAGACGCUGGCCAGUCAGCUGUCCCAGAUAAUGCAGACGCAAAGGCAACUGGGAGACGCCUUCGCCGAUCUCAGCCUCAAGUCGCCAGAACUCCAUGAGGAAUUUGGUUAUAACGCUGACACCCAAAAGCUUUUAUCCAAAAACGGAGAUACGCUCCUGGCUGCCAUCAAUUUCUUCAUCUCCAGUGUGAACACACUCGUGGAGAAAACAAUUGAAGAUACCAUGGUCAACAUCAAACAGUAUGAAAUUGCCAGAGUGGAGUACGAUGCAUACCGUACUGAUUUGGAGGAACUGAAUCUUGGGCCGCGCGAUGGCACCACCAUGCCGAAGAUCGAGCUGUCCCAGCAGCAAUUCCAGAUUUACAGAGAGAAGUAUGAGAGGAUGCGGAACGACGUGUCGGUGAAGCUGAAGUUCCUGGAAGAGAACAAGGUGAAGGUGUUGCAUAACCAGCUCAUCUUGUUCCACAACGCCAUAGCUGCAUACUAUGCCGGAAACCAGCAGCAGCUGGAACAGACACUUAAACAGUUCCACAUCAAGUUGAAAAUGCCAGGUGGUGACAAUCCGUCUUGGCUGGAAGAGUCCUAAACACUCCAAUCUCUGAGACGUUGCUCUGAGACGUUGCUGGGUCAGUUUGACAUAAAAUGUCAGAUGCUACCGAAACUACAGGAACCUCCUUCCCCCUUUAACCGUACUGUUAUGGCGUUUCAAACAUUCAAAAGGUGUAAAUCUGAAAAGAAAAAAAGGAAGAAAAAAAAUUGUACAUAAAAACAAAGAACCUUCCACAUUCCUCUUUGAGCUUUGCUGUUAAAACAUUUUCAAUUUCUGUAGUAAUUUGAAAUCAUAAGAAAUGCACUUUUAAAUCGUGUUUGACCGAUCUUUUGAUCAGGAGUUGUUCCAGUAAAUACAUUUUGAAACUCUAAAUGGCCUUUUGUACUCCAGCGUAUGAAUGUUGUCUCAGCGCAGCGAGCAUGCUGGCUUAGUAGAGGCAGCUACAAGAUCACGACUGCCACGUCUCUCCUUGCUGGCUGAAACUGAAAUUAUUGCUUUAUUAAAAACUAAUCAACAACUUUUUUUUUUUCUUUGGAAAUUCUGAAUGUGCGCAACACCUAUCUUGAUAAAUUGGGCAAAGUUGGUAUGUAUUCCUUGAAAACACAAACGAAAGUGGUAGUUUAACAUUUUAGGAAAUGACCUUUUGACUUUAUUAUGUCUUUGUCUAAUGUGUAUGAAGACAGAGUUCCAACAGACAGUUGGUAUAACGGCUGGAAGCAUGUGGGACAGAGGAGCCUUUUUCUGUCCACUUGUUUAAAUUAAAAAAAAAUAUAUAUCCCAGCCUACCGGAACCUCUUGAGCACAUUAAUUCAAAAGCCAAAGUGAAGUGUACACAAUCAAAUAGUAGUUUUAUGGUGGGUUAGUUAUGUUUCUUUGGGCAGAGCCAGGCCGGCUGCUUCUUACUGAUUGCUGACGUUAUGCUGAUUGUUGUAAACCAGCCAUUGGCCCCAACUUCAUGUUGAAAUGAAUUAUAUAAGAGGGUUGUGCAUCCUUUCCUCAAUCUCCUACAACACCAAAGCAUUCCCCAAACGUUUGCAGCUCAUAGUCGACCCUUACCCUCUGUUUCC